AUGUUUGGAGUUAUUUGCGCAGGUCGGCCAAUUCAAACGAAUAUUCAGCAGAUUGAGAAUAACAAAUUUAUAUUUGUAUUAGAAAAUGCGGCAUCUAUUAAUCAUAUAAUUAUAUUUUUAUUACCAGAAAAUUUUUUUCAAGAAGGUUUUGGAGCAACAGUGUAUCUUCAAUACCCGGGAAAGCAAUUUCAACUGUUGGGAGGGCUUUCAAAUAAAAAACCUUCAGCAAUUUUCCGACUUAAAAAUGCAUCGAAUUCUAGCAACGCCAACACUGAAAUGGAAGAAAUGCAAGAUGUUUCAGAAUCUAGUCAGUCUAUAGCAGCAGUUCUUGGUAUUAGUAUUGAGCCGUUAUUAUCAGUGGAACAGCAACUUUCAUCUUUAUCAAUGGCGCAGCAAGACCAAAAGAAAUUACAAAAAUCGGAAGUUUCUCGUCCAGUUCCACCUAUACAAACUAUAGUACAACGAAUUAUAACAAAUUUAUAUAAUUUUAUUGUCGGAUUUACUACAUCUCAACUUCCUCAUGGUUCUCAGUUACUUGGCAAUGCACAAAUGGAUAAUACAUUUAUACCAUUAAAGGCUUUUCAGGAUUGGCAUUCUAAAUUUUCUUCAAAACUAUCGAUGGAUCCACAUUUUCUUGAAAAAGAUUAA